AUGGCGGAGGCUUCAUCUCAGGGACCCGCUCUCUUUUCUCCGGUGAAGAUGGGCAAGUUCAAUCUCUCUCACAGGGUGGUGCUUGCGCCGAUGACGAGGUGCCGAGCGUUGAACGGCUUGCCGCAGCCUGCGCUGGCCGAGUACUACACUCAAAGGUCAACCAACGGCGGCUUUCUGAUCACCGAAGGCACUUUGGUCUCCGACACUAGCGCCGGGUUUCCACAUGUUCCUGGGAUUUACAAUGAUGAACAGGUGGAGGCAUGGAAGAAGGUGGUGGAUGCCGUUCACGCCAAAGGUGCUAUUAUUUUCUGUCAACUUUGGCAUGUAGGUCGUGCUUCUCAUGAAGUUUACCAACCUGGUGGGGGUUCACCAAUAUCUUCAACCAACGUUCCCAUUUCGAGGAGGUGGAGAAUUCUAUUACCGGAUGCGUCUCAUGCCACUUACCCUAAGCCUAGACGCUUAGAAACCCCUGAAAUCCUCCAAGUGGUGGAGCAUUAUCGACAGGCUGCCUUGAAUGCCAUUAGAGCAGGUUUUGAUGGAAUUGAGAUUCAUGGGGCACAUGGCUACCUCAUUGAUCAAUUCUUGAAAGAUGGGAUCAAUGAUCGAACAGAUGAGUACGGCGGAUCACUUGCAAACCGUUGCAAAUUCUUGCUUCAGGUGGUUCAAGCAGUAGUUGGAGCCGUAGGUGCUGAUAGGGUUGGUGUCAGAAUCUCACCAGCCAUUGAUCACCUUGAUGCAGUUGACUCUGCUCCACUUACCCUAGGCCUUGGAGUGAUUGAAAGGCUCAACAAGCUUCAACAAGACUGGGGCUCAAAACUCACUUAUCUCCAUGUUACUCAGCCCCGUUAUGCAGCAUAUGGCCAAACCGAAUCUGGCAAACCUGGCAGUGAUGAAGAGGAAGCUGUGUUUAUGAGGACUUUAAGAAAUGCUUAUCACGGUACGUUUGUUGCUAGUGGUGGGUACACUAGGGAGCUUGGAAUUCAUGCUGUGGCUUCUGGGGAUGCUGAUUUAGUGUCUUAUGGUCGCCUUUUUAUCUCGAACCCUGACUUGGUUUUGAGAUUGAAGCUUAAUGCACCUUUGACCAAGUAUAACAGGAAGACUUUCUACACGCAAGACCCUGUUGUUGGGUACACAGACUACCCUUUUCUGAGCAAUGCAAGUGGGAAAGAGGAACCACUCUCCCGCCUCUGA